UGAUGAAAUGUAAUUAACGUUAGUAUAGUUAAUAACAGUCAUAAUGUCGCACAUUAUCAAUUUCGGUAUCAGGUAUUUAUUGCCUCUUACCGGAAAGUCGUACAUUUCUGUGAAAAGUAGACUUGUGUACAAUGUAUGCCGAUUCGGCAGCACUGCCUCGGGCACCACAGGCGCAGAUAUUCUAAAUAACCUGACUGACUGGGAAACACUUAGCAAAAAGAAAAAGAUCAGUAAAGCUAUGAAAGCUUAUUUGGAACGAGCACAAGAGCACGAUAAAUUUAUGAAAAGGCAACAAUUUGAGUAUAACAUUGGGAAGAGACAUCUUGCCAAUAUGAUGGGAGAAGAUCCGGAUACGUUUACUCAGAAAGACGUAGAUCGCGCUAUUGAGUAUCUGUUUCCAAGUGGGAUCUAUGAUCCUGCUGCUCGGCCACUUAUGAAGCCCCCAGAAGAAGUAUUCCCUGCUAGAAAGGCUGCUGAAUUUGAUGAAGCUGGCAGACCACACCAUUUUCUAUUCUACACUGGCAAACCAAACUUUUUCAAACUCAUGUAUGAUGCAGUGGAGAAUAUACAACAACUGCACAAUUUUGAAAAUAGAGUUAUCAAGAAAAAGGCAAGCCCUGACCCAAAUGGAUCUUUGAACUUAGGAAAUAGCAAUUGGCUGUCAAAAGAGCAACUUGAACAAUCCUUAGUAGAAAAACUGACAGAUUUGGAAUAUGAUAACUUCAAGGUAGUGAUGGAGAGGCUGGUAUCAUUGCCAUAUUCAUAUAGAAGCAAAGAAUUCAUUGAAAAAUAUAGAAAGCCGCUUGCAUCUCAAAAAUUUGCAUUAGAGAUUCCAAAACCUGGUUACGAUGAUGAAGGUAGAGCAUUUGUUACUACAUAUGAAUGUUUGAGAAAGAAGGCCAGAGGUGAUGUCACAAUCCGAUCACCUGGAACAGGGAAAAUAACAAUAAAUGGGAAAGACAUAACAUAUUUUGAGGACAUACAAUCAAGAGAACAAGUUCUAUUUCCACUGAUCUUUACUGGACUGCAAAAUCAAGUGGAUGUGGAAUGCAAUAUUGAAGGAGGUGGGCCUUCAGGACAGUCAGGAGCCAUCAGGUGGGGUAUAGCUUGGGGAUUGCGUAGUUUUGUUGAGAAGGACAUGCUAGAAAAGAUGCAGGUAGCAGGACUGUUGACUCGUGACCACAGACGCCGUGAACGUAAGAAGCCUGGCCAACCAGGAGCCAGGAAGAAGCCAACAUGGAAGAGAAGAUAAUUUAUGUAGUCUGUAGUACAGUUAGUGUUGAAAAUAAACAAUAAAAUUAA